AUCAAUCAACAAAUGCUCCCCCAGUAGCCACAGUUGGUACAAGUUUAGAAAACGUUAUUCCUGAUGCUGAUUCUAACUCAGUAACAUCCGCUUACAAGAAAUAUGCUAAAAAAAGGUUGGAUUCUGUCACUUCAAUCAAUCAGUCCCCUGAUGCAUCAAAAGGGGGUCAACCAUAUGUAGUAGACAUGCACAUUCCAGAUUUGUGGGGAGAACAAGAAACAGAGACCAAUAGGGUUGAUGGAGAACAGAACAAUCUGGUCACUGAGAGGAGAUAUUCAGGAGUGUAUCCCUCUAAAGAUGUCUCAGUAAACACUCUUUACAUGUUUGCUUUUGAAGAUGAAGGAGAUCAAAAUGAAAUUUUAGAUGCAUCAAAUUCUAAGGUAAUUAAAGAUCCAGAGAUACUUGAUGAAGUUAACUGUUCGGGAAAGGGUCAAUUAUCCUUGCUUUAAAGGAUUAGAAUGGCUAUAUAGCAAUUUUGGGCAACACAAUUCAUUUGUACUCUGGGUUCAUUUAGAACCUUACAUUCUUUUGAUGAAACGUAGUUGAUUGAAAGACAUGGACAUCCAACUAUGUCCAGAUACAUGGAGUGAGAUGUGUACAGCAAUGGUAACCCUAUGAUACUUGACUUGGUGAACACCUCCUCAGAUUGAGUGAGUCAUUUUACCUACUUGGCUCUCUAGAUUAUUACAUUUUAGGCAUUUGUGGCACAACAUAAAAGGACUAGCAUCUUCUGAAGUGUUCUUUAUUCUAGCUGCAGCUAACAGGAAUUCUUGAAUGAGGAGAGAUUUGUCUUGUUCAAGCACAGAUAUGGUUUUGAAAUAUUCUGACGCUGCUCGUUUUUCCGUUAUAUGUAGUGAAGGGAGGGGAGUGAAGAUGGGGAGCCUCCAGCUGUCAACACUGGAGUCUUUAGAAAGACAUUGCCUAGCAUGAAAAAUGGUUCAUUCAAACACUAUUGUAUGAAAAUACACAGACACUAAAGGUGUUUUUUUUUUAAAUAUUGAUACACUCUGAAGAUGUUGGUAUUGAUUUAUUAUUGACAUAUAUGCUGAGAUGCAGUGAAAAGCUUUGUUUGUGUGCUAUCCAGUCAAAUCAUGCUGUUCAUGAAUGCAAUCAAGCUAUACACCAGUACAGCAGAUCGUGCAAAGGGGAAAUACCAGAGUGCAGAAUAUUGUGUUACAUUAGAGCAUUGCCAUUACUGAGGAAAAUGUCUAGGCCCACAAUGAGGGAGGAUGGAAGAUUGUGGUUACACCUUAGCUAUGGGAGGAUCACUCCGUAGUGUGAUAACAGUGGGGAAUAAAUUGUUUACGAAUCUGGUGAUUUGUGCUUUCAAGUUUUUGUGUCUUCCGCCUGCUGUGAGAGGGAAGAAGAGGGAAUGAAUGGGUUGAAAAAGGUCCUUGAUUAGAUUGACUGCUUUCCCAAGCCAAUGGUGGGGAGGCUGGUUUGUGUGAUGUACUGGGCUACAUUCACAACACUGCAAUUUCUUCUUGUCUUGGACAGGAUAAUUUCUACGGUGCUGAAAAAUAUGAGUUUGAUCAGAUAGCCCGAAUUGACAGUGAUGCCGAGUUAGUAUUAUAGGUUUAGGUAUAAAAACAGAAUGUUAGGAGCACCCACUUGUUGGGCAAAAUCUGUGUAAAGAUCCUUAAUCAGAACUUCAAUCUAAAAUGUUAACUGUUUUUCUUCCCACAGGUGCCAGCUGACCAGGUGAGAUUUUUUCCACAUUUUCUGGUUUUAUUUGCCUCUGUUCUUUUUCAGCAACACCAUUUAUCAUCUCGGAAGCAUGAGAUUGCGGACGGUGAAUCUUGAUCAACAAACAAUCUGUGGAGGAACUCAGCGGGUUGAAGGAGGGAAGGAAUUGCCAACAUCUCAAGUUGAAGCCCUGCAUCAGGACACAUAGUUUCAACCUAAAAUGUUGACAAUUUCUAUCCCCUAACAACCCCAAAGAUCCUUCUUGAUCCACUAAGUUCCUCCAGUAUGUUGUUGCUCUGCUGUUCCAUUAGGCAUAUUGUUUUAAUUUGUCAAGCAGCCACAUGUGCUACCUGGUGCUGCAUGUGCAAUGAUGCCAAAUGAUCUAAGGUUAUCUUGACAUGGCUAUCUUGCAGUUAUUUGAACUAUUUAGCUUUGUUCUCUGAAAUCUAUUCUUCAGAUACUGUUGACAAUAGCAACAGUUAAGCAAGCUGAUGUUACUUGAUCUGGAAUAUUCUGUUUGCCUGACAGCAGCCAGUUAACUUGCAUCACUUAGCUGGGAUUAAUUUGAAAAAAGUAGAUGGAAGUAUUGAAUCAUGUAUCCACCUCUAAAAAACAUAUGCCUACACUGUAACUGUGAAGAUCCAUCUUCAACAAUCAAUCAAUCAAUCAAUCAAUCAAUCAAUCAACCUUUAUGGUCAUCUUGCAAAGCAACAAUUGUACAGUGCAAAAUGAGGACGUUUCCUCGGGAAUACCGGAGCAUCGCACAUAAAUCUUAAACAUUUCACACAUAAUAACAGUAAAAACAAUCCAGACCCUGAUGAAACAGUAUAAAUAGUUUUUUUUUUUUUAAUUUUAUUUUUAUUAGCAGUACAGUAAAUCACAUUAAUACAUCGCAUAUAUCUUAUUACAUUAUGUUGUACCACUUCAUUUUUUGAGCUUUAAAAAAGAAAGAAAUAAAAGAAGUAAGAAAAGUAAGCAAGAAUCGUGAAGGUGCAGGAAAGUGUUGGGAGAAAAGAACCCCUUAGGGAAGGAAUUAGAGAAGGAAGCAAAGAAAAUAAACAGUAUAAAUAGUUAAAAGCAGGUAAAACAGCAACAUUAAAAUACAGUAAACACAGUCAUUAAAAUGUCCAGGGCAGCUGAUUUGAGUGGUCAGUGCCAGAGUUAUUAAAUUGUCAGUGCAAAGCAGCAGAAUCAGGUGGAGUGACUGUUUAGCAGCCUCACAGCCUGUGGCAGGAAGCUGUUUAGCAGUCUGGUAGUCUGGGCUUUGAUGCUACGGUAUCUCUUGCCUGAUGGCAGGAGAUCCAGAUGUAUGUGGAGGGGGUGCAGUUUGUCCUUAGCUAUUCUCAGACCUUUUUUCAGACAACAGCUCUGGAACAGUUCUUGUACCGAGGGUAGGGAGACGCCAAUGAUCCUCUCUGCUCCUCUCACUACCCUCUGCAGAGCCUUCCUAUCUGAGCAGUUACUGUUGGAGUACCACUUGUUCAUGCAGUACGUGAGUACAGACUCCACCGUGCCCCUGUAAAAAAGUCCUGAGGAUGUUGGUGGGGAGUGAGGCCUGUUUGAGUUUCCUCAGGUAGUGCAAUCGCUGAUGGGCCCGUUUGACAAUCCCAGUGUUGAUCCUGGACCAGGUGAGACUGUCUGUAAUUUGCACUCCGAUGAACUUUAUGCUCUUCACUCUCUCCACCGUGGUGCCACUGAUGUUGAGCGGUGUGUGUUUGGGCUGCGACCUCCUGAAGUCGACAAUCAUCGCCUUUGUUUUGUCGACGUUUAAUGCUAAAUUGUUGUUGCCGCACCAGUCCACUAGUUGUUUCACUUGUAAGCAAGUUCUACUUAUUGUAACUGCUGUAAUUGUUUGCAUAAAAUCUAAUGAAAGGAUUUAUACAAAGGUUACUGAGUUCACAAUUAAUAUUCCUUGCUCAGUAAGUCGCUUUGUUGGGACAUUUUAACAAAUUUAAGGGCUUUUUCUUCUGAGUUCACAUUUGAUUAGGUCCUUGCUCAGCUAAGGAAGUGAUGCAAAAUAAAAUGAUAUAUUGUGAGACAAUUAUUUAUUAUUAUGUUUAUGUUUCAAUCCAGAAAACGGAGGGACGACGCCUUAGUGUGUUCUUUCCUGCAGAUGCAGCUUCAUUGCAGUCUCUGCAACGUCAAUAUAGUACUCAAACACUGGAGGGAAACCAGGAGAUUGGAGAAUAUCAGAUUCCUACCGAAGAUCAACCAUCUCCCUUGCCUCAGAAUACAGAGAGUGAUACAGAUGAUAAAGAUGAAACCAACCUGAGUUCCUUACACUCCUCAUCUAUUCAGCAAUAUAUAAUGGAAAAUCUUCUCAAUGAAUCAACUUCAAGAUCAACUUUUGUAGAGCCAGAAAGUGAUACAGAUCUGGAAGAAAGCAUUGAAAUCCCCAGGGAUUUACGAAAGUUUGAGAAAUCAGGAAUUUCUGACCAUUACUUCAAAUUAUUGCGGACCACCGUGUCAGGCAUGUGGGAUGAAGGAGAGCUAUCCAAACGAUCUUCUAUGUCAUUUCCAAGGAGACGUUCUGGUGUGGAUAGUACUUUCAGAAAAUCUUCAGAAUCAUCAGAAAUAAGUAUCGGGAGCGAUAGUGAAUUAAGUGACGAAUUUCCCUACACUUUAGGAUUCCCGGGAUUUCAGUUUUCAGAAGCACGUGGCAUACUAACUAGAAUUUCGGAAUCAUCAGUAGCAGGAACUGAUAUAGAGCAACCAGCAAGUGCAACAGAAUCCUUCAAGAGCCAGGGGGCACCAGGUUUUGAAUCGGUCUUGGAAAUGGAAGAGCCUCAAGAGAACCAAUCAAUUAAUUCCCUCAAGAACGCGAAAGAAUCCACGGAAAACGCAAAUCAAUUUGUGGAUGAUAUGCUCCUCGAAGAUGAUUCUCAGCCAACCUAUUCCAGGUGGAGCAUUGAAAAAAGAAAAUUGCAAAAAGAACAUUUCAGUCCAUUAAGGAAAGGAGAAAAAGCGACCAUUACACGAGUAACCACACCAUAUGUGGUUGACAGGUUUGAUUUCGAGGAGGCAAUGGAAGAAGUACGCGAUAGGACCUAUGUGAUAAAAGGUGAAGAGGAGGAGGAGGAGAAGGAGGAGCAAGAUGAGCCAUUCAUAUAUAAUCCAGUAAAUUCAAAAAAGAGGGAUCCUAACCAAGCUGAAUCUGCAAGACUAUCCAUCCCAUUCCUAAAUGACCAGAGACUUCAAAAAGCUCAAAGCUCAGAUUGGCCAAACGUCUCCUCUUCAUUGGCAUCAUUUAUUAGCUCAGAGGUCGAGGGAAAUGGGCUCUCAAUAAAUAAGAUCCAAUCAGAGUCAAGUCCUGAGCUGGCACAAAAACACUCACCGUUAAACAUCUCACAACACUUGGCUAGCUCAAUACGAGCACCCUCAUUAACCAGAGAUUAUCAGAAUUAUGGAUGGAAUAUUGUGGAAGAACCAAGCUCUGACCUGUCCGUUGUAGAAACAUAUCAGAGUUCAGAAAGUGAGACAGAGAAAACUGGAACCUCCGUUAGUUUUCCGAUGUAUGACGGAAAACGUCGGAGUCUGGAUUUGCCACGGACUCACACUUCAUACACAGAUUUGCAGCAGCAACAAGAUGCAGCGGACUCCAAACGCUUCUUGGGUAGUCAGAUGCAUACUGGAAGACUGGAUGUGCCAGAGACUCGCACUUCAUACACAGAUUUGAAGCAGCAACAAGAUGCAGCGGACUCCAAACGUCCCUUGGGUAGUCGGAAGUACAUUACUCGACAGAAGAGUCUGGAUUUGCCUUCCACAGAUUCAAAUCUAACAUUGGAAAAUCUUGGAAAUCCACCGUCCCGCAAACAUUCUGAAGCUAUUCAGAAGUACUCAGGAAGAAGCAAAAGUGUGGAUUUGACAAUGUCUCUGACAGAUGCAAACCUGUCUGUAUUCCAGCAACCGAGAAAGAUUUUCGACCCUAUUUUCGAUGUUAAGAUUUUCACACCAGCCUCAGAUCAUCAAAAAAAUGCCUAUCUCCCCCAAGAGGAGACCAAUCCUGAUAAAGUCAAUGGUGAAUCAAGCAACCAGCAGGAAGAAAAUGAACAAUUAGGGCAGAAAGAUUUCCAGAUGGAUGAAGCCACUUCUGCACUCAGUAGUGAAACUUCAGUAAUCGCCGAUGAGGUCGUAAUGCACCAGAGCUUAAGUGAGACGUUCGAAAAUUUGGACAUUAUUGAAAUAGAUGAUUAUAUAACUACAGGAAGACGUCACACUGUGGCAUUUAUAAAAAUUAAGCCGAUCGAGGAAUUAUUUUUCAAUCAAGGCAGAUCUGCAGGCCAGAGCGAAAGUAUAGAGAUCACCAGGCCAGUCUCAGAGCAACAGGACACCAGUGAGCUUUCUGAAACUGAGGCCAUGUCUGAAAAAGGCAAUGGUCAAACAAGCAAUCAGCUGCAAGAGGAUGUUAACGAGCAGGUGCAGCCACAGUCAUCUAGGCACAAUCAAAUGGAUAAAGAUGCAACAUUAGUUGAGAUUCCAUCAACUGAUGAAGAGCAAGUUAUACUGAACGGAGGCUCCAAACUAAAACAAAGCAGCAGUCAAAAGAUAAAAGCAGCAAGACGGCACAGCAUGGAUUCUGGAAGAAUCGUUCCUUCAUUAUCAUCAUUUUUGGAUCAAAACACGUCAGCACCCCAGAGAGAAACUACAACGAUCUCCAGGCCAAUCUCAGAGCAUCAGGACAUCAGUGAGCUUCUCGAAACUCAGGCCACGUCUGAAGAAGUCAAUGGUCAUUUGGCACAGUCAUCUCAACACAAUCAGAAGGAUAAAGAGGCAACAUUAGUUAAGGUUCCAGCAACUGAUGAAGAGCAAGAUAUACCUAACAGAGGCUCCAAACCAAAACGCUCAAGCAACAGUCAAAAGAUGAAAGCAAUAAGACGUUACACCAUGGAUUCUGGAGGAAUCAAGCCUUCAUUAUCAUCAUUUUUGGAUGAAAACACGCUAGCACCCCUGAGCGAAACUACAACGAUCUCUAGGCCAAUCUCAGAGCACCAGAACAUCAGUGAGCUUCUCGAAUCGAAUGCCACGUCUGAAGUCAAUGGUCGUUUGAUGAAAAUUACAAGACGUCAUACAAUGGAUGUAGCAGAAAUCAAGCCUUCAUUAUCAUUUGUGCAUCGAAACUUUUUUGCACCUCAGAGUGUGAGAACAGAUAUCUCCAGGCCUGUCUCAAAGCAUCUGGGCAUCAGUGAGCUACGUGUAGCUGAGGUCACGUCUGAUGAAGUCAAUGGUCAAGCAAGCAACCAGGUGCAAGAGGGUGUUAACGAGCCGGUACAGGCACAGUCAUCAAAGCACAAUCAGGAAGAUAAAGAUGCAACAAUAGUUGAGAGUACAACAACUGAUGAAGAGCAAGAUAAAUCUCACGCAAGUUCCAGCCCAAAACGCACAAUCAGCGGUCAAAAGAUUCUGUCAUGGAGGCGCGAUGCUGUGGACUUGUCAAAAAAUAAAACUUCGAAAGCACCAGAGUUUGAAUCAGAGCGGAGGAUGAGAAUUAUGAGGAGAGCAAUUGCAGCGUUUUGGUGGCAACAAAAGAAACAUCGGAUAGCGGAUAUGACAUUGAAAGUGCCUUCAUUAUCAACGAUCCCAAGUUCAGAGAGCGAGACAGAACAUGGCGAGGCAUAUGUCGCUAAUGAGAAUGAGAACGCUACAAAAACUGAUCCCGGACAGGAUGUUGAAGGAGAAAAUCAUCCACGAGGACGACCUUCAAGAUCAGGGAGUGAGAAGAAGAAAGUUGCAGAAACUGAUCCCAGACAGGAUGUUGAAGGAGGAAAUCAUCCACGAGGACAACUUUCAAGAUCAGGGAGUGAGGUAGUUCUGGCAGAAUUGGAUGCUGAACAGAGUGUGAUAGGAGAAAAACUCCCAGGGACUCAGUCUUUGAGUGAUGCACAACUUGAUAUAGCUGCAGAAACCGCUAAGCCUUCUAAGAAGAAAGUUGCAGAAACUGAUCCCAGACAGGAUGUUGAAGGAGAAAAUCAUCCACGAGGACAACUUUCAAGAUCAGGGAGUGAGGUAGUUCUGGCAGAAUUGGAUGCUGAACAGAGUGUGAUAGGAGAAAAACUCCCAGGGACUCAGUCUUUGAGUGAUGCACAACUUGAUGUUGCUGCAGAAACCGCUAAACCUUCUAAGAAGAAAGUUGCAGAAACUGAUCCCAGACAGGGUGUUGAAGGAGAAAAUCAUCCACGAGGACAACUUUCAAGAUCAGGGAGUGAGGCAGUUCUGGCUGAAUUGGAUGCUGAACAGGGUGUGAUAGGAGAAAAACUCCCAGGGACUCAGUCUUUGAGUGAUGCACAACUUGAUAUAGCGGCAGAAACCGCUAAGCCUUCUAAGAAGAACGUUGCAGAAACAGAUCCCGGACAGGAUGCUGUAGGAGAAAAUCAUCCACGAGGACAUCUUUCAAGAUCAGGGAGUGAGGCAGUUCUGGCAGAAUUGGAUGCCGAACAGAGUGUGAAAGGAGAAAAACUCCCAGGGGAUCAGUCUUUGAGUGGUACACAACUUGAUGUAGAUGCAGAAACAAAGAAGAAUGUUGCAGAAACUGAUCCCAGACGGGAUGUUGAAGGAGAAAAUCAUCCACGAGGACAACCUUCAAGAUCAGGGAGUGAGGCAGUUCUGGCAGCAUUGGAUGCCAAACAGAGUGUGAAAGGAGAAAAACUCCCAGGGGAUCAGUCUUUGAGUGAUAUACAACUUGAUGUUGCUGCAGAAACUGCUAAGCCAUCUGAAGUUCGGACAAAAGUGGACUCUAAACGGAGUGUGAAACGAGAAAAACUGCCAGGGGAUCAGUCUUUGAGAGAUACACAACUUGGCACGCCUGCAGAAAUUUCUAGGCCUUCUAAGAAGAACGUUGCAGAAACUGAUCCCAGACAGGAUGUUGAAGGAGAAAAUCAUCCACGAGGACAACCUUCAAGAUCAGGGAGUGAGGAAGUUCGGACAAAAGUGGACUCUAAACGGAGUGUGAAACGAGAAAAACUGUCAGGGGAUCAGUCUUUGGGAGAUACACAACUUGGCACGCCUGCUGAAAUGUCUAGUCCUUCUAAGAAGAACGCUGCAGAAACUGAUCCCAGACAGGAUGUUGAAGGAGAAAAUCAUCCACGAGGACAACCUUCAAGAUCAGGGAGUGAGGAAGUUCUGACAGAAGUGGACUCUAAACGGAGUGUGAAACGAGAAAAACUGCCAGGGGACCAGGCUUUGAGAGAAACACAACUUGGCACGCCUGCAGAAAUUUCUAGGCCUUCUAAGAAGAACGUUGCAGAAACUGAUCCCAGACAGGAUGUUGAAGGAGAAAAUCAUCCACGAGGACAACCUUCAAGAUCAGGGAGUGAGGAAGUUCGGACAAAAGUGGACUCUAAACGGAGUGUGAAACGAGAAAAACUGCCAGGGGAUCAGUCUUUGAGAGAUACACAACUUGGCACGCCUGCUGAAAUGUCUAGGCCUUCUAAGAAGAACGCUGCAGAAACUGAUCCCAGACAGGAUGUUGAAGGAGAAAAUCAUCCACGAGGACAACCUUCAAGAUCAGGGAGUGAGGAAGUUCUGACAGAAGUGGACUCUAAACGGAGUGUGAAACGAGAAAAACUGCCAGGGGACCAGGCUUUGAGAGAUACACAACUUGGCACGCCUGCAGAAAUUUCUAGGCCUUCUAAGAAGAACGUUGCAGAAACUGAUCCCAGACAGGAUGUUGAAGGAGAAAAUCAUCCACGAGGACAACCUUCAAGAUCAGGGAGUGAGGAAGUUCGGACAAAAGUGGACUCUAAACGGAGUGUGAAACGAGAAAAACUGCCAGGGGAUCAGUCUUUGAGAGAUACACAACUUGGCACGCCUGCUGAAAUGUCUAGGCCUUCUAAGAAGAACGCUGCAGAAACUGAUCCCAGACAGGAUGUUGAAGGAGAAAAUCAUCCACGAGGACAACCUUCAAGAUCAGGGAGUGAGGAAGUUCUGACAGAAGUGGACUCUAAACGGAGUGUGAAACGAGAAAAACUGCCAGGAGAUCAGUCUUUGAGAGAUACACAACUUGGCACGCCUGCAGAAAUUUCUAUGCCUUCUAAGAAGAACGCUGCAGAAACUGAUCCCAGACAGGAUGUUGAAGGAGAAAAUCAUCCACGAGGACAACCUUCAAGAUCAGGGAGUGAGGCAGUUCUGGCAGCAUUGGAUGCCGAGCAGAAUGUGAAAGGAGAAAAACUCAGAGGGGAUCAGUCUUUGAGUGAUACACAACUUGAUGUAGCGGCAGAAACCGCUAAGCCAUCUAAGAAGAACACAGCAGAAACCUAUCCCACACUGGAUGUUGAACAAGAGAACCAUGAAGGAGGACAACUUUCAAGUUCAGGGAGUAAGGGGACUCUAACAAGCUCUGAUUCCAGACCGGAUGAGAAAGGAGAAAAUUACUCAAGAGGACAGCUUUCAAAUUCAGAUGUCCAACCGGAAACUGAUGCCAGCCCACAUAUGGUGGAAGAUAAUACUUCCAGUGAACAGCCUUCAAGCUCAAGUGUGAAGAUGAGAAAGAAGACACCAGGUACAAGUCCACAUCAGUCAGAUUCUCAAGGGUCCAAAGAUUCACCACAUUCCAAUAGUCAAAGCAAGGAAGACAUUUUUGCAACUAUGAUUGCCUCAGCAUUGAAAGAAGUGGAAAUGGAACAAGUUUAUGCAGAAGAACAGAAACGUCAUCCAACAAUCCAUGAAAGAUGUAAAAAGACUAUUAUAUUUCCAGAAGUAGUGGUGGCAGACCGACAGAAAGGCAUCCUAGGCUUUAAAAUGCACAAAUAUGUUCUAGAACAAGAUAGAAUUGCAAGACAGCCCAAAACAAAGUCAGGUUCUGCAAAGACUGAGCCCCAGCCACGCUCUACAUGCAAAUAUGUUCGAAAGGCUGAGAGUUCACUGGAGAGUACGAACUCCAGCGAGUCCAUUCUAGGCGCAAUAGGUGCAGCUAACGCACAGAAUGCUGAUCCACAACCAAUGACCAGUUCAGCACCGAACAAGCAAGAUGCUCAGCAGGAUGACGAACGAGGAGAAAUGCUGCCCAAGAAACCGCCUCACAAGAGACCGCCGGAGAACUAACAACACAAUUUUUAACUCAAAGUCACCCGCAAUCCAAAAGGAACAUCUUCUGAUUAAAGUUGAGCAUUUUAAUUUAUUGUCAUGAUUUUUGAUGAUGUAACAUGACUUGUUUGUCCUAAAUAAAUCCACCAAAUUUAGGGCAAUGAACAGAUUUUAAAGUUUUUGCCACUAAACCCUACAUUGUUUGCCUGGCAGAUUAUUUAAACUACAAAUAGGUGUUGAUUACAUUUGCUCAUAAUCAUACCCACUUACUUUAAUUGCCUAUUGGGGUGGUUGCCGGAAACAAAUUUAUUCAUGCCUCAGAGUUUAGAUUCUAAUGGUUCUCCUCUCUCCUACCACAUCUAAUAUUUCACUGCUCCACAAUAUUGGAUAUUGCAUUGUCUACCACUUAUGAAAACACACACCUAUGCCAUCUGUAUCCACACUUUUAUCAUCCUUUUGGUCUCUCUUACACUUUCUUUUUACACUUUUAUCAAAUAUCCUGAGUAUUCUUUGAUUUAUCUGCCAUUAUAUUUUCAUGCACCACCCUUUGCCUACCUAAUUUAUUUUUUAAUUUCAUCCAUGCACUUUUAAUAUUCUUACGAUUUCUGUUGAAUUCUCAUUACGUAUAAAAUUCUCUUUAUUUCUUUAAGGGUUUGGCCCACUGUACGAGGUAAUUCAAGAGUUCUCCGAGUUUCCUGAUUCGAACUCGGAGAAUUACGGUAAUAGCGUUCGUAGGUACUCGGGGCUCUCGUGGACAUUUUUCAACAUGUUGAAAAAACUUCACGAGCUUACCGCGUUUCCCGAGUACCUGCCAUUAGCAUUACGAGCCACUAAGAGACGUCCCGAGCCCCGAUGUACCCGCUACAUACAUUCUACGUACUUAUCGAGUUUGAUUUUUUUUAAAACUCGAGAAAGCUCUUGGGUAAACUCAUAUAGUGGGACAGGCCCUUUAAAAUGUAUCUGUGCUCUUUGCAUGCACGUAGGUUUAGAUUUAGGAGUGCCGACUCCUUCCCACCCAAACUUUCAAUUGAUAAGGUGGACACAGUGCUGGAGUAACUCAGCGGGACAGGCAGCAUCUGUGAAGAGAAGGAAUGGGUGACGUUUCGGAUCGAGACCCUUCUUCAGUGAACAAUUGAUAAUGUUUAGUCUGAACCAUACCUCUUUUAAUGUCCCUACGCUGAUAGAUUCCUGUCAUUGUUUUCUGUCUGAGAUGCAUGAUGCAUGCUGAAAGGGAGCUCAAUGAUUUUCCUCGGCUAUGAAAAGCCAUACUGCACAUGGCAAAUUCGUAGUGGCCAAAUUACCAUUGUAUAUGAGGACAGUUUCAGGUUAUCUCAAACAAAUUUUUAGAUGCCAAAAUGUGUAAUUUGUGACUCAAUGAGCAAUCGAGGGUUCGAGUCCCACUCCAGACAUUCUCCACUGACAGUCCAAGAAGCACAUGAUGAUAUCAUCAAGUACAAAUUUAGAUCUUGUCUUCCCACUAGUGUGCUCCAAAGACUAUGAGGCACUCUUCAAAGAUAAUCAGAGUUUUUGGCUGGUAGUUACAUCCUUACCAAAACAUUCUAUUUUUAAGACUGUUUUCACUUUGCUGGUAGAAGCAGUUGGUUAUACACAAAUUGCUUACUGUGUUCCAAAUACAGGGAAGCAUCUCAAGGUUGUGAUCUGCUAUGAUCGUGAUGUGUUUUAGGACAUCCCAAGAUAAUGAUACGACACUAAUCCAAACCAAACAGACUUUCAUCAUGUCAUUCCAGUUGAUCUCCUGGUUAGAAGUCAUACAAAGAGCAAACACCUAUAUUUGUGGGUGCAAUCCCAAACCAUAACAUUGAAUUAGUAAAAAAUGAUACUGUUAUCUUAACAUUUCUACAUAAGUAUACUUAUUUCACACCAUUAUCUGUCCCAAUCUUUUUAGUGUUUAGAUGAAGGGAAUGAGAAAAAUUAAAA